GCAACAUUUGCUAUAGAAACUAGCAUGCUAAUUAUUAGCAUGUGUCAAGUACCAAAACAAUAAAAUUAUACACAUAAAAUUAGCUGUAAUAAGCUGUCAAGUACCAAAAUAUAGGAUUGGAGUGUGUAUACCUGCAAAAUGAGCUGUAAGGAGUGAGCAUGUGCAUGUGCGAAAUAUGAGUGUCAAUCACGUCUGCCAAUGAUCGGUUUCAGACGCUAUUUGGUGCUAUUAAUCAUGUUGGAGUGGAAAUGAAUGGCGUGGCGAAGUUGGUAGAGUGGCCGUGCCAGCAAUCGGGGGGUUGCUGGUUACUGGGGUUCAAUCCCCACCUUCUACCAUCCUAGUCACGUCCGUUGUGUCCUUGGGCAAGACACGUCACCCUUGCUCCUGAUGGGUGCUGGUUAGCGCCUUGCAUGGCAGCUCCCGCCAUCAGUGUGUGAAUGUGUGUGUGAAUGGGUGAAUGUGGAAAUACUGUCAAAGCGCUUUGAGUACCUUGAAGGUAGAAAAGCGCUAUACAAGUAUAACCCAUUUAUCAUUUAUAACGAUGCACAGCACCAAUGGUGAUGAUGAUUCAGGAGUGACACUGAAGUUGUUGCUAGGAUACCACCAAGUAUACCUGGGCUGCAAGUCGUCAUGAGCACAUGUAGUUGUCAUUCACAAGGGGCCUCAUGAAUUAGGAGUUGAGUGGAUUUCCUACUACAAAUACAAGAGUUUGGUGGGUGGCGUGCCCAGGCCACGCCCCUCCACCUGGGGAAAGAUCACCUCCCAAUCCGUAGUUGGCUCUCCACCCUUUUCCAUGCGAGAGCUAUGGACUCGGACUUGGAGGUGCCCAAUUCUCAACCCGGUAGCUUCGCACUCGGCUGUGAACCGAUCCUGGCCAGAUGAAGCCAGCAGGACCACAUCAUCUGCGGACCUAAUCCACCAGACCGGAUCCCCUCAACGCCCGGACAGCGCCCAGACAUUGUGUCCAUGAAAGUUGUCAACAGCAUUGGUGACAAAGGCAAGUCCUGGUGGAGUCCAACCCUCACUGGAAACUGGUCCCACUUACUGACCAAGGUCUGACUCGAUAGUACAGGGAGCGGACCAAGGACGAAGGCGAGGAGGACGAAGAAGAGGAGGACGAAGGUGAGGAGGAAGUUGAGAAAGAAGGCGAGGAAAGUGAAGGAGAGGCGGAAGGUGGAGAAGGAGAGGAAGAAGGUGAGGAAAGUGAAGACGAAGGAGAGGACGGUGAGGAAGAAGGAGAAGAGAAGGAAGAAGGAGAGGAAGAAGGCGAGGAGGAAGAAGGAGCGGAGGAAGGAGAGGAAGAAGGUGAGGAAAGUGGUGUUGAGGGAGAGGAGGAAGAAAGCAAGGAGGAAGGAAUGAGAGGAAGAAGGCAAGGAGGAAGGAGAGGAAGAAGGCAAGGAAAAAGGAAGAAGGAGAGGAGGAAAGUGAGGACGAAGGAGAGAAAUAUGAGGAAGGUGAGGAAGAAGGAGAAAAAGGAAGAAGGCAAGGAGGGAGGAGGAGAGGAAGAAGGCAAGGAGGAAGGAGAGGAGAAGGCAAGGAAAGUGAGGAAGAAGGAGAGGAGGAAGGUGAGGAAGAAGGAGACAAAUAUGAGAAGAAGGAGAGGAAGGUGAGGAAGAAGGAGAAAAAGGAAGAAGGUGAGGAAGAAGAAGAGGAAGGAGAAGGAAGAAGGCAAGGACGACGAGGAGGAAGAAGGAGGUGAAGGUGAGGAAGAAGGCAAGGAGGAAGGAGAGGAAGAAGGCAAGGAAAAAGGAAGAAGGAGAGGAGGAAGGUGAGGAAGAAGGAGACAAAUAUGAGGAAGAAGGAGAGGAAGGUGAGGAAGAAGGAGAAAAAGGAAGAAGGUGAGGAAAGUGAGGAAGAAGAAGAGGAAGGUGAGGAGGAGGAAGGAGAAGGAAGAAGGCAAGGACGACGAGGAGGAAGAAGGAGAAGAAAGAAGAAGGCGAGGAAAGUGAGGAGGAAGGCUGGGAAGAAGGCGAGGAAGAAGAAGAAGGCGAGGAAAGUGAGGAAGAAGGAGAGGAAAAUGAGGGUGAAGGAGAGGAGGAAGGAGGUGAGGAGGAAGGCGAGGAAGAAGGAAAGGAGGAAGGCGAGGAAGAAUGUGUGGAAGAAGGUGAGGAAGAAGGAGAGGAGGAAGGAGAAGAAGGAAGAAGGCGAGGACGACGAGGAGGAAGGUGAGGAAGAAUGAGAGGAAGAAGGUAAUAAGAGGGUGAGGAAGAGUGCAAGGAAGAAAAAGAGGAAGGAGAGGAAAGUGAGGAAUUAGGAGAGGAGGCAGGCAAGGAGGAAGGCAAGGAAGGAGAAUAAGAAAGAAGGCGAGGAACGUGAGGAAGAAUGUGAGGACGGGGAGGAGGAAGGAGAGGAAAAUGAGAGGAAGAAGGUAAGAGGGCAAGGAAGAAGGAGAGGAAGAAGGUAAUAAGAAGGAGAGGAAGAAAGUAAUAAGAAGGAGAGGAAGAAGGUAAUACGCGGGUGAGGAAGAGGGAGAGGAAGAAGGAGAGGAAAAUGAGGAAUUAGGAGAGGAAAGAGAAGAAGGCGAGGAAAGUGAGGAGGAAGAAGAGGAGGAAUGAGAAGGUGAGGAUGACAAGGAGGAAGGUGAGGAAGAAUGAGAGGAAGGUAAGAGGGUGAGGAAGAGUGCAAGGAAGGAGAGGAAAAUGAGGAAUUAGGAGAGGAGGAAGGAGAAGAAGGAAGAAGGCAAGGAAAGUGAGGAGGAAGGUGAGGAAGGAGAGGAGGAAGGUGAAGAAGGAAUAAGGCGAGGACGAUGAGGAGGAAGGUGAGGAAGAAGGUAAUAAGAGAGUGAGGAAGAGUGCAAGGAAGAAGGAGAGGAAAGUGAGGAAUUAGGAGAGGAGGAAGGCAAGGAGGAAGUCGAGGAAGGAGAAGGAGAAGAAGGCGAGGAAAGUGAGGAGGAAGGAGAAGGAAGAAGGUGAGGAGGAAGGAGAGGAAAAAGGUAAUAAGAGGGUGAGGAAGAGUGCAAGGAAGAAGGAGAGAAAAGUGAAGAUAUAGGAGAGGAAGGAGAAGAAGUCGAAGAAGGAAGAAGGUGAGAAAAGUGAGAAAGAAAGCGAGGAGGAAGGAGAAUGAAUAAGGCGAGGACGGCGAGGAGGAAGGAGAGGAAGAAGGUAAUAAGAGGGUGAGGAAGAGUGCAAGGAAGAAGGAGAGGAAAGUGAGGAUAUAGGAGAGGAGGAAGGCGAGGAAGGAGAAGAAGGCGAAGAAGGAAGAAGGUGAGGAAAGUGAGGAAAAAAAGGGAGGAGGAAGGAGAAUGAAUAAGGCGAGGAGGAAGGAGAGGAAGAAGGUAAUAAGAGGAGAGGAAGACAGUGAUGAAGGUCAGAUGUAAUCUUAGACUUGGAGUGGUCAGAUUGUCCAUGAAGCACAACAAGUCCUCAUUUCUCAGUGAAACAUUCUAGGUUAUGUUGAACCUUUGCACAUUUAGCUGGAGAGAUGACCGUGUACAGUUCAAGUGCUUCUAUUGAAUUGUGCUUCACUGGCAAGGCAAUAAUGUAUUUUCCUUGCACCCCUGAACUCAUCUUUGUAGCUUUCAAUCAACAGCUUUGUGAACAAGGCAUAUUCCAGGAAUAUAUACUGUAUAUAUAUUUUAUUUAUUUAUUUUUUCUUUAUUGUCAUUGCACUUAAAGUACAACAAAAUUAGUUUUUUAGUGCAACCUUCCUAAAACAGACAUACAGGGAGUAGACAGAACAGAAAGACUGAUGGGUCGCCAGCUCGCGGCGCCGCUUAAAGAGAUAGGAAGGAAAUGUAAACAACUCUCAAACUAAGGUCUUAUGGGAGUCUCAGUUUGAAACCAGGAAAAAACAUUGAGAAACAAUCAGCACAUAUUCAUGAACACGUUACAACACUCAAAAACGCGAGACUUGCAACAGUACGGUAAAUUGUGGACUAAAAGCCGCUAGUUUUCCCCUACACUUUGACCCCUGCGGCUUAUAAAACGGUGGGGCUAGUUCAUGGGUUGUUUUUCGCUGAUGGCCAUAUUACAAAUAGUUUAAGAAAAAACUGAUUUGGCUACGGCGCCAUCUUUAGGGCAAGUUUGCUUACUACAGGUGCUGCAGUGUCCUUCCAUUUAGUGCUUUGAACAGGAAGUACAAGUGCCCAUCCGUCUUUUGGCCGUCAAUAACGUUCUACUCAUAUGGGUUCUUCAUUCAUCACUCCAAGCAACGUUUGUUAGAUUACAAUAUAACUAGGAAUGAUGUUUGAUAAGAAAUUAUCGAGUUCGAGCCCAUUAUCGAAUCCUCUUAUCGAACCGAUUCCUUAUCGAUUCUCUUAUCGAAUCCAGAUAGGUUGUUGUAUAUGGAAAAAAACACAAUAUUUGGUUUAACAAAAGCUCACUUUUAUUUUAUGAGAAAAAAAUACAAUAAAUAAAUAAAUAUUGACU